CCAAAAACGACCGGAAGCUCCAGACGAGCGUCUGCGCGGUUAUUUUUAUUCGUUUUGGCACGCAUUGAUGCGCCAGUGCUGUGCCAAUAGGCUGCAUGCACUGCCAGCUCUUGCUAGCCAUUUGCCUGGGCACUGCCUCGAGCCUGCAGCCGCUCCAGCAGCGCGUUCGGCCUCCUUUCAGCGUUAAGCAGCGCGUUCGGACUCCUUUCAGUCAACCAACAAUGGCGCUGCAGCCACUUAUGCAGCAGAUUGGCCGCACUACCCUCGGCACCGCCGUCGCCUACAAAGUAGCCAAGGGCGGGCACAAGCGCGGCUCACUGAAUGAGGACGGCGCGGUCGCGGCGUUUGCGGUGGCGGCAGGGGCGUUCAGCUGCUCCUUUCGAAGCGGAAUCACGCUGCUUUGCUUCUAUAAGACGGGGUCGAUGCUCACGAAAUAUGGCGCAGCAGUCAAGCAGAAGCUCGAGGACGACUACGUUGCGGGCGAAGGUCAGCGCGGCGCUGGCCAGGUGCUGGCGUGCAGUGCUAUUGCCGUCGCCUGCGCGAUACUGCGCCGAGUUUUCGUCGGGACGGACGGACCGCUCUCGCUCGGAGUCGGGGAACUGGAGUGCCUCGGCAACCGGCUCACUCUCGCCUUUGUCGCCUUCUUCGGCUGCUGCGCGGGCGACACAUAUGCGUCGGAGCUCGGAAUUUUAUCUAAGGCGCCACCUCGUCUGGUCACGAAGCCGUGGCAAAUGGCCAAGCCCGGGACGAACGGCGGUAUCUCUGCGCUGGGUACCGCAGCUUCGGCUGCCGGCGGAAUCGCGAUGGGCCUCUGCCACGGCCUCUUCAUGUUCCCGCUGUCGCUACGCGACGUCGCGGCGCUGGCGUACGUCGGCCUCUUAGCCGGCGCUGGCGGGUCGCUGGUCGACUCAUUGCUAGGAGCGACCGUGCAAGCGAGCUACUUCUGUUCGGAGAAGCAGAAGAUCGUGAAGAGGCCCACUGCGACGACGACGCAUGUUUCCGGUCUCCCCAUCCUCUCGAACGAGAUGGUCAACUUCGUCUCGACGGCACUCGUCGCGUGGGCCGCCUACGCGGCGCCGCGACGACUCCUCCUCCGCUUCGCUACGUAA